CUGUCAAUCAGGGCGGGCGGUGCGCGUUAACGGAGCGCGGAGGGGGGGGGGGAAAAAUCGCGCAGCGAGGAGCGAGCGAGCGGCGCCGCUGCUGCCCACCCGCACCGAGAGGCGAGGUCGCCGGCUCCUGCUUCUCUUUCCCCCCCUCAGGCGGCUGCGAUGCUGCUCGCCACCGUGCUGCCCUGGACGUUGUGUUUGCUCGGAGCUGCAGCCUCUCUACAAGUGGACAUUGUUCCGAGCCAGGGGGAGAUCAGCGUUGGAGAAUCCAAGUUCUUCUUAUGUCAAGUGGCAGGAGAGGCCAAAUUCAAAGAUAUUUCCUGGUUUUCCCCGAACGGUGAGAAGCUGACGCCGAACCAACAGCGCAUCUCAGUGGUGCGAAACGAUGACUUCUCCUCCACCCUCACCAUCUACAACGCCGACAUCGAUGAUGCUGGCAUCUAUAAAUGUGUUGUCAGUAGCGCGGAGGAGGGAGACUCCGAGGCCACCGUCAAUGUGAAAAUUUUCCAAAAGCUGAUGUUCAAGAAUGCUCCCACUCCUCAGGAAUUCAAAGAAGGGGAUGAUGCUGUGAUUGUGUGUGAUGUGGUCAGCUCGCUGCCUCCUACCAUCAUCUGGAAGCACAAAGGCAGGGAUGUUGUCCUAAAAAAAGAUGUUCGAUUUAUAGUCCUGUCCAACAACUACCUGCAGAUCCGGGGAAUCAAGAAAACAGAUGAAGGGACGUACCGCUGCGAGGGCCGGAUCUUGGCUCGUGGGGAGAUCAACUUCAAAGAUAUUCAGGUCAUCGUAAAUGUACCUCCUUCUGUGCGCGCCAGGCAGAGCACCAUGAACGCCACUGCCAACCUUGGCCAGGCUGUCACCUUAGCAUGCGAUGCUGACGGCUUUCCUGAGCCAACGAUGACGUGGACGAAGGAUGGAGAGCCAAUAGAACAGGAGGACGAUGACGAUAAAUAUGGUUUUAACUACGAUGGGUCCGAGCUCGUUAUCAAGAAGGUGGAUAAGAGUGACGAAGCAGAAUACAUCUGCAUCGCUGAAAACAAGGCUGGCGAGCAGGAUGCAACCAUUCAUCUCAAAGUCUUUGCAAAACCCAAAAUCACCUACGUGGAGAACAAAACAGCCAUGGAGCUGGAGGAUCAGAUUACAUUGACCUGUGAGGCAUCUGGGGACCCAAUCCCUUCCAUCACUUGGAGGACUUCCACCCGGAACAUCAGCAAUGAAGAGAAGGCUUCGUGGACCCGGCCCGAGAAACAAGAGACCAUGGAUGGGCGCAUCGUAAUACGUAGCCAUGCCCGGGUGUCGUCCCUGACUCUCAAAGAAAUUCAGUACACGGAUGCCGGCGAAUACGUCUGCACAGCCAGCAACACCAUCGGGCAGGACUCCCAAGCCAUGUACCUUGAAGUGCAGUAUGCCCCCAAGCUUCAGGGCCCUGUGGCUGUCUAUACCUGGGAAGGAAAUCAAGUGAACAUCACCUGUGAGGUAUUUGCCUACCCCAGUGCUGUCAUCUCCUGGUUCCGGGAUGGACAGCUGCUUCCCAGCUCAAACUACAGCAACAUCAAGAUCUACAACACUCCAUCAGCAAGCUACCUGGAGGUGACACCAGACUCUGAAAAUGACUUUGGGAACUAUAACUGCACUGCUGUGAACCGCAUUGGCCAGGAGUCCUCAGAGUUCAUUCUUGUGCAGGCAGAUACUCCGUCCUCUCCUUCCAUUGACAGAGUGGAGCCCUAUUCCAGUACUGCCCAGGUGGAGUUUGAUGAGCCCGAAGCGACCGGCGGAGUGCCCAUCCUCAAGUACAAAGCAGAGUGGAGGGCACUGGGCGAGGGGGAAUGGCAUUCGAGGUUGUAUGAUGCUAAAGAAGCGAGCGUGGAGGGCAUGAUCACUAUCACCGGCCUGAGACCUGAAACAACCUACUCGGUGAGGCUGUCGGCGGUCAAUGGCAAAGGCGUGGGCGAGAUUAGCCUGCCGUCCGACUUCAAGACACAACCAGUUCGCAUCCCUCACUCACCUGGUACUGCUGCACCCACCUCCCGUUUAGCAGAGAGGGAACCCAGUGCACCCAAACUGGAAGGUCAGAUGGGAGAAGAUGGAAACUCCAUUAAAGUGAACGUUAUCAAGCAGGAUGACGGUGGCUCCCCAAUCAGACACUAUCUGAUCAAAUACAAAGCUAAGCAUUCCUCAGAAUGGAAACCCGAGAUCAGACUUCCAUCCGGCAGCGACCACGUCAUGCUUAAGGCUCUGGACUGGAAUGCAGAGUAUGAGGUUUAUGUGAUCGCUGAAAACCAGCAAGGGAAGUCCAAACCGGCUCAUUAUGCUUUCCGAACUUCUGCGCAGCCCACUGUCAUCCCAGCGACCUUGGGAAGUCCAUCAACGUCGUCCUCCUUUGUUUCAUUGCUUCUCUCUGCAGUGACUCUGCUUUUGCUCUGUUAGAAACUUAAAAUAAAGCAAUAUUUGCUUGAAAAGGCCUGGGUCCCACCGGGUGCGCGAGCAGAUAAUUUUGCUUCAGAGGAUGAUGGCAGUUCAGAAAAAAAAAAAAAGAAAACAAAACAAAAGCCGCAGAACGUUUAAAAAAUGUUUAAUUUGAAAGAGUCAGUAUUUUGUAACAAGAAAAAAAAAAAAGGUUUAAGCCAAGUUUUUUCUCUUUAACAUUUUUUUUGUUACUUGUAAUGAAUUUGCCCUUUUUAAUGGAUGUAAAGAAAGAUUUUUUUUUUUGUUGUGUUUGCUUGCUGUUUUUCAUCACAGGAAGGUACGAUACUGAAAGUCUCUUACAAUAGUGCUUUUUACUGAUUUUUCUGCACAUCUGGUGCCGAUCACCACUGCAUUGUGCAAAAGGAUUCGAAAGCCCCAUCCACAAACCCACAGACUCUAAAAAGAGUAAGAAGAUUUGUCAGAGAGAGAAUCCUACCGGUUGCGCAGAUGUCUCUGUGGGCUUUUGUAUGUGGGUUCAAAUUUAUGGCCAUUAGGUGGUUUUCCUGAUGUGGUCCGAAUAUAAACAUCUUGUGGGAAUCACACUGGAGAGAUUGAUUUCUGUCUUCUUUAGGCGGUUGAAUCCUUGUGGCUUCCCCUGGCGCGCAGUCACGUAUCUCACGACCAGUGCUGGAGCCGGGACACAAAGAGCCCAUGAGCCUAUGGAUUUGCCAUGGGUGGUUGUCUAACAAGUUCUGAUUUUCCGCUGCUGUGUUACCAACUUCAUAGAGAGAUCCCCUUUCUUGCCAUUUUAACAGAAAAGAUUAGCUUGGAUCAAGUUCCCUGACCAGCUGAAUAAUUAUGAUUACUGAUCCUUAAUGAUACUCAUCGUUAACUGUGCAUGUGACGCUACCAGACAGGAUUAACCCAUGGUGUAAAUCGGUGCAAUAUAAUGCAUCUUUGUUACCAACUUCUGUGUAUUGCAUUUCAUUCAACAAAUUUCAGUUGACUUUUUUCUUUUCUCUUGUCCUUACUUAAAAAAAAAAUCACCAAAAAUCCAACCCAACACAAACCAAACCCCUUUGUGCUCCUUGGGAAUUGUCUUUGUGAUGGGAAAUCCAUUUGGCUGUGAUGCUCUUCUAAAGAUGGGUCUGUCUCUCCCUUGCGGUCUCUCCGAGGGGCAUGGGGUCACCAGGGAUGAAGCUGUUGACAGUGGCUGAGCUGUCGGUACCGAAUGUCUCCAAUUGGGUUUCUGGAAUGGGAUUUAUCUUUCUAAGAAAGUUCUAAUAGGGACAAGCAAAAAAACUUGCCAUCAGUCUUGUCUAACUGUGCGGUUUAUGCUCUGCACACGAGUCUCUGCUGCGCUUCUUCAGCCCUUGUUCAUGAUGAUUUGUGAGCUGCUUUUCUGUCCAAACUAUAAAUGAAGGCAUUUUGCAGCUGCUGCUGACAAAAGCAUUGUGGAUUUCCUUUAAAAACCCCUCACUCCUGGUAUUUACACUGUAGAGCAACAGAAAAGCUUUGCAAAAUGGAUACAGAAAAAAAAGCAAUGCAGCACAAGCAGCCUCCAAGUUCACGGUGUCUUUAAGGAUUCCUGUAUCAUUAUCCCUUAUUUCUCAUCUCUGGAAGAUCUGGAAUGUCAAUUCAUGUCGGGAAUUAAAAUUUAUAAAACCAGAACUCGCAGAAGAGAUUUGAAAGUUACUGAAAAUUACAGGGGUUUCCUGCUAAGCCUAGAAAAAAACAUUGCAGGCAAUUACCUUGGCCCAGAUUCAUGGUCUGAAACGUAAGAUCUGAGAAUAGCACAAGAACGAGGGCAUUCUCUGCAGAUUUGCCCUUAUUCUCCCUGUCUCCGUGCUCUUCUUCCUGGCAGCCUUUCCUAUCGUAGCUCCCUGGAGCAGAGCAGGGAGGGUAAUGGUUUGGAAGAGGGGAGAAACGCAGAGGGGAGACACGUACCCGUUCAGUAGCUCUCCUUGGGGUGCUCGGAGAGAAGAGUUGGUUGGUAGAGUCGUAAGCAGAAACUGGAGCGGUAGCACUUGGGUUUUAGAACCUUGUGGAGUGGGUUCCGAAUGUCAGGGCUGUUUUCCUGCCAGGCUUCAGCAGUUCUCAUGUCCUGCAGCGCAUCAUGCUGGAGUUCCCUGGCGGCACAGUCGCUCCAUGUGACUCGAUGCUCCUUGUGGAUCACUCCCUGUGGCUGCAGGACCGCAGCAGUCGGGGUUAGAGCCGUCUCCAUGCUGAUCAAACCAAAUGAAAUUCCAAGGAAACUCAGAGUGGUUUUGCGGUUGCUUUGUAUAUAGGAGCCCGCCUCGUGCAGCGUUAUAAAUAGUUUGUGCCCUUGCUUCCUAAAUAUCAAAGACGGGGCCCUGCGAGGGAGUGGGAGGGCAGCGGGACACACCUUGGCCACAAAGUGGUGGUUGCGUUGGCUUCAGCAGAUCAUGCGCAGUUGUGGUGGCUGAGGCUUUACUGGGGUCACAGAGAAAACCAGUGGCGAAACAGAGAAUUGAUGCUAGGUUUGAACAUCUUGAUCCGUUGUGUUAGUCGUAAAACCACCUUUUCUUUGUUGUGUUCGCUCUUUUCCAACCUUUCAUGUGUGAAAAGCCUUGUGGGUUAUCUGAUGGUACUCCUGGGGUUUGGGCAGGUUUUGUAAAACCUGGGAUACUUGCAACACCUUCCAGAUUUCUGUCUGUGAACAUGUAGAUUUUUGUUGGCGUUACGUUUGUAAAAGUGCUGUCAGUGCCUCACGAGGAGCCGCUGGAAGCUACGUAAAAGCAGACUGUAGGCAGGCUGUCACUCAGAUCACAGAGUCAUCACUGGGCCUUUGAGGAGAGAGACUUUCUCCAGUGUCCCCAUCACAGGCAGCAGGAUCGGUCGUGUCGUGGGGCUGGUGCUUGCUGGAGGGUGCAGAGCAGAGCGUCUGCAGUCCGUCUGGACCCUAGCGCUCGCCGAGGGCUAUCGGAGAAUCCAUGCUCUGCUUCCCAGGCACAAGUCCCAAACUGCACAGGCAUCCAUACGCCAGCACGGGAGAACCUGCUAUUGGCAUUUAAAGUGGGAUGGGAAAUGUUGCUUGCAACAGGAACCAUCUUUCUUCCAUUACUGCUUUCUGUUACCAGUCCUGAACAGAGGGAGGUGAGUAUUCAGACAGGCUUUUUCUGCACUACUCCUAACUAAUCUGCAUAACAAACCUGUUUAGAAAGUAAAGCAGACUUCUUCUCAACCAAAUUUGGUGGAGAAAUAUAAGACAUUCUGCUCUUGUUUGGGGAUUUCUGUUAAAAUUUCAUGUGUUAUUCCUAGCUGAAGCUCAGCCACCUUCUGUUUCCAACUUUUGAACCUUGUUGUACCUUUGCUCAAAUAAAGUGCCUGUAUUGUAUGAACUAUUCUGCUGUGUGGAGGGCUACAAUGACCUAUUUCAUCUCUGCACAUUUCUUCUUUGAGGUUACGUUGAGAUUCCCAAGUAGUUUUUAAUUUUUCUGCCACCACUGCGAGAUCUCCCCAAAUCAUCGUCUUCCUCAGCAGCGUUUGUGAACACCUUUUCCCCCUCAGUCGUACAUAGGCCAAAGACAGAGGUGUUCUAACAUUUCCAGCUCCUUGCAUCCCUGUUUUCCCACAUCCCAGAAGGGAAGUGGUACGAGGCUGGCUCAGCAUCCCAUGGGAAUGCCUGAGCCUUUCCAUCUCCAGUGGCACAGCAACCUGACUCCUGCUCUUCUAGCCUGU